CUCAGUCUCUCCCAUCAGUCAAUACAGACCAAACUUAUAGCCAAAAUGUUCAAGUUGGUGGUAUUGUCUGCUCUCCUCGCCGUAGCCGCUGCCCGUCCCGGUCACCUGCUGGAGUCCUCCCCGCUGGUCUAUGCCGCCCCGGCCACCACCAUCAUCCAGGAGCCCGUUCUGGCCAAAGUUGGAGCUGUGGUGAAGAGCGUACCCACUGCCGUGAGCCACCAGAGCCAGUCGGUGGUGCACAGCUCGGCGCACGUUGUGGAGGAUGUCGUGGCUCCUGUGGUCAAGUCCACCCCGGUGGUUAGCUAUGCCGCUGCCGCUCCAGUGGUUCAUACCAGCUAUGCUGCUGCUCCCGUUGUCCACUCCACCUAUGCUGCUGCUGCUCCUCUGGUGCACUCUACCUAUGCCGCUGCUGCUCCUGUCUUGGCCAGCUCCUAUGCCGCCGUGGCUCCAGUCGCCCAUGUGGCUGCCUCCUCGCCGCUGACCUACACCGCCACCGGUGUGUGGUAAAGCGCUCCUCCCAGUACGACUCCCAGUUGUAAUCCCUCUCCUCCAACCUCUGCCAGGU